GCACCAUGGAAGGCGACUGUCUGAGCUGCAUGAAAUAUCUGAUGUUUGUGUUCAAUUUCUUCAUAUUUCUGGGCGGGGCCUGCCUGCUGGGCAUCGGCAUCUGGGUCAUGGUGGACCCCACCGGCUUCCGGGAGAUCGUGGCCGCCAACCCCCUGCUUAUCACAGGCGCCUACAUCCUCUUGGCCAUGGGGGGCCUGCUUUUUCUGCUCGGCUUCCUGGGCUGCUGCGGGGCCGUCCGGGGGGACAAGUGUCUGCUGCUGUUGUUCUUCCUGUUCAUCCUGAUCAUCUUCUUGGCGGAGCUCUCGGCGGCCAUCUUGGCCUUCAUCUUCAGGGAGAACCUCACCCGCGAAUUCUUCACCAAGGAGCUCACCAAGCACUACCAAGGCCACAACGACACAGACGUCUUCUCUGCCACCUGGAACUCGGUCAUGAUCACAUUUGGUUGCUGCGGGGUCAACGGGCCGGAGGACUUUAAGUUUGCAUCAGUUUUCCGACUUCUGACUUUGGACAGUGACGAGGUGCCGGAGGCCUGCUGCCGGAGAGAACCCCAGAGUCGGGACGGGGUCCUGCUGAGCAGGGAGGAAUGCCUCCUGGGAAGGGACCUGUUCCUGAACAAGCAGGGCUGUUACACGGUGAUCCUCAACGCCUUUGAAACUUACGUCUACCUGGCCGGAGCCCUCGCCAUAGGGGUGCUGGCCAUCGAGCUUUUUGCCAUGGUCUUUGCGAUGUGCCUCUUCCGGGGCAUCCAGUAG